CUGGUCACCCCGUUGUCCGUACCCCGGUCUCUCGCCUGCCCCUUCGUCUUUCCCUCCCCCCUUCGACUGGCUUUGCUCUCUCUUCUCCUCCCCACCUCGUCACACUCUGCACACGAUCGCAGUAGUGCUCCUGCAUCUCUGAAAAAAUAAAAACACUGUCCAGCUAAUCGCCAUCCCCCCCAUCACCGGACCCCAGCAAGUUUGUUCCUUUCCACUUAUUCUUGGUGACCAGAUGGACCCUCAAUUUGUCCAACAACUCCAAUCCUGCUUGGAACAAAUCGCCACACCGAGUGGCACCGAUGGUAUCAAAGCUGCCACUCAAGCACUCAAUGAACAAUUCUAUCGCUCUCCACUCGCCAUUCCCGGAUUAUUUGAAAUCCUAACAACAUGUGGCACGCCAGCGGUCCGCCAGCUAUCAGCUGUUGAGCUCCGGAAACGAGUAUCCGCUGGGAAACGAAAACAUUGGAAAAAACUCGAAUCUUCGAUGAGAGAUGCGAUCAAGGCGCGCCUUCUCGAAAUCGUCGUCUCUGAACCAGUCCCCAUCACGCGACAUGCGAUCGCUCGUGUCAUCUCAGAGGUUGCCGAAUACGAGUUGCCCGAAAAAGCGUGGCCCCAACUGUUAGGUUUUUUGAUCAAAGCAACAGACAGUCCGGUGGCCCAUGAACGAGAGGUCGCGAUCUUCACGCUCUCUAGUCUGAUGGACACCGUCGUCGAUUCAUAUGCCGAGAAUCUCCCUCAAAUCUACGCCCUCUUCGCCAAAACCCUUCAGGAUCCCGAAAGUCUCGAAGUCCGUGUGACCACCGUCCAAGCCCUUGGUCGAGUUGCCGAGUACAUCGAAGUUGAUGAGGAAGCCUCCAUUGCCUCAUUCCAGGCGAUGAUACCCCAGAUGCUAGUCGUCAUUGGCCAAACCUUAGAAGCCGGUGAUGAAAAUGCUGCGAAGAAAGGAUUCGACACUUUAGAAACACUCUUGAUCAUCGAAGUCCCUCUGAUCAAUGCUCAUUUCACCCAAGUUGUCGAAUUCAACGCUACCAUCGGCAACAAUAAGUCACUCGACGAAUCCCAACGAAUAAUGGCCCUCAACUGUCUUCUUUGGACCAUCAAGUUCAAGAAGAGCAAGAUAGCUUCGAUGGACUUGAUUAAACCUAUAGUCGAUUCUUUGAUUACCAUUGGUGCCGAAGAUGAGCCUGAGGACCCCGAAGACGAUUCCGUGGCUAGGACAGCCUUCCGAUGUCUCGAUGCCCUCUCUACCUCCCUCUCUCCCCAAGCUGUCUUCCCAGCACUCUACUCUCGCAUCCAAGAAUGCUUCCGCAGUACCGAUCCCACCUUACGUAAGGCUGCCGUUAUGGCUCUUGGAGUCACUGUCGAAGGCUGCUCUUUGUUCAUUCAGCCACACAUCGAACAGUUAUGGCCCUUCAUCGACACGGGUUUGGAAGAUAGCGACCCCCGUGUCCGACGGGCCGCCUGUACCGCUUUGUCCUGCAUAUGCGAAAUGCUGGUAGACGAAUGUGCCAGUCGUCACCAGAUUCUCGUUCCCCGGGUUUCCGCUUUACUCAAUGACCCUGCUUGCCAGAGGAAUGCGAUGACGGCUCUCGAUGGUCUCUUAGAAGUGCUUGACGACCAAACAAUCGGACUCUACCUUCACCCCCUCAUGGAGCGUCUUGUACCCAUGAUCGAUUCCGCUCCUCCGAAGCUCAAGGGCACUGUGGUCGGUGCGAUUGGCUCCGCCGCUUACGCCGCAAAAGGCGCAUUCGAGCCUUACUUCGACGUUUGUAUGCAACGGAUCACUCCUUUCCUUUCUCUCAAAGGCGAGGGAGACGAGCAGGAGUUGCGGGGUGUCGCUCAAGACACUGUUGGUACUUUGGCUUCUGCUGUCGGCAAGGAAAAAUUCAGACCUUUCCUGGAUGGCUGUCUUAACAUUGCUUUCGAGGCCAUCGAAUUGAACAGCCCAAGUCUACGUGAAUGUUCGAUGAUUUUCUUCGGAACUUUGGCCAAGGUCUACGAAUCCGAGUUUGUUGCCUAUCUCCCUCGGGUGAUGCCAGCCGUCUUUGCCAGUCUCGGGCAAUCUGAAGAAGACGAUGGUUCGGUCUUGCCAAGUGAAAUGAUCAAGGGAUUCAAGGCUGCGGACGACGACGAAGACGAGGCUGAGGAAGACUCUGCGUUUGUUGAUGUCGAGGAUGUCGACUUGGACGACGACGACUUGAUGAAGACUACCACCGCGGUCGCUGUUGAGAAGUCAGUUGCGGCCGAUGCUGUGUCCGAGUUGUUUGAAUACACCAAAACCAGUUUUUUGCCCUACUUGGAAAACUCGAUCAAGAGCUUGACUCCGCUGUUGACUCACUUUUACCCCACUACCCGCAAGGCUGCCGCCACGACUCUCUUGUCUUUCAUCACAAUUGCUUAUGAGAUCACCGACCCCCCUAAAUUUGAGCCUGGUAUGGCCCACAUCAACAUGCCCAACGAUGUUCGCAAGCUUGUGGAUUUGGUCAUCCCUGAAAUAAUGAGCGUAUGGCGCGGUGAAGAUGAAUGCGACGUAGUUAGCGAUCUCUGUUCGUCUCUCUCCUCGGUCAUCUCCACCGUCGGUGCUGGCGUCGUUGCUCCCACAUACCUCGAUGAGACAUGCACCUUGAUCCUGACAAUCUUGGAAAGGAAGUCGACUGCCCAACUCGACAGUGAUUUCGAAGAGGCAUCAGCGACUGGCGAUCUCUCAGAAGUUGAAUCAAACUUGAUUGGCUGUGCAGCCGAUCUAGUGGGCACCUUCGCAACUGUGCUUGGGGCUGAUUUUGCCCAAGCGUUCAAUCAAUUUUUGCCCUGUGUUUCGAAGUACUACGAUCCGUGCUACUCACCGACCGAUCGGAACAACGCGAUCGGCUCAUUGGCAGAGGUUAUCAACGGCCUUGGGUCUGCAGUUGGCCCUUUCACCGAGCAACUCCUACCUCUCGGAUUGAAGGCGACCAAGGACGAAGACGUUGAAGUCAGGAGCAAUGCUGCUUUCUUUUUGGGAUCGUUGGCUUAUUGGACUACUGUCGACAUCAGCAGCCAGUAUAUGAGCAUCCUGGAGUGUCUUCAACCCUUGUUCACAGUCCCCGACGACUCGUCCCGCGAGAAGAGUGAACGCGCCAAAGACAACGCUGCCGGUGCGGUCGCGCGAUUGAUUCUAAAGAACAAAGCCGCUUUGCCGUUAGAUCAACUCUUACCGGUCUUCUUCGAGGCUUUACCACUCAAACAGGACUUUGCUGAAUCCAGCAAAUGCUUCGAAGCCUUGUUUGAAUUGAUCCAACAGUCACAUCCGUUGGUCCAGACUCACUUUGACCACAUCUUGGCCGUCUUUGCCCAUGUUCUCCAGAACUCGGUACCCGCUGUUCCUGAAGAAAAGGCGAUGAUUCCGGCCGAAACUCGAGAAAAACUGGUGGCUCUGUUGCGCCAACUCAAUUCCCAAGUCCCCGAUCAACUUGCCGCUCGUGGCUUGACUGGCUACAUCCAAUGAUUUACUCCCUUGGCUUCAUUGGUCACAGAACAGAAAAGAAAACUCGGGCUAAAAAAAUAUUAGGAAACUGUGAUGAUAUGAUCGCCCAAUCGAUUCAUGUCCACUUCCCUCCUCCUUCUCUCUCGAUAUCGGCUUUCUAAUGAUUCAUGGAAAACAUACCUCAUCAUCAUUGUUUUUCGAUUCCCCCCCCCUCCCGCUCCCACCCUCAGAUCCAUGCCUUUUCGCAUGAAUUGCCUUCUUCAUCUAUCCAAUCCAAUCCGAACUUUUUGUCUUUUUAUUAUUUAUUUAUCUUCUUUCUUUCUCUCUCAUCCUCUCAUCUCAUUUUAUCUUAUUUGAAUUUCUUUAUUUUUAUUCACAUCGUAUUACGUUAUCUUAGUUUAAAAAUAUACACGGCUUUGUUUUCCUUUUUAUUUUGUGUGGUGGUAGUCGUAUUUCUUUUUUUUUUUGGUAAUGUUUUUUUGAUGAUGAUGAAAAAUGAUGAUGAAACGGUUCCUUUCUUUGACGUUUAUGAUUUUUCUCAGUUCGGCCUCGUUUUUUUUCUUUUCCUCAGACAUCUGGUGAAUCAAUAUUUACUUCUUUCAAUCAUCUUUAUUUUGCUUGAUCGGUCCCCCACACAUACACAGCUCUUUCAUUCACAAUUCUUGAUGAUUGCUUCCAAACUGCUAUAAUAUGUAUCACUAACUUGUCGGUGCUAGGGGGAUGUGAGCACCCUCAUCAGUCGGGAUUAUAUUUAAAUAGUUCGUAUGUACGUAUCAUCGU